GCGUCAUAACUUCAACUUCAUAUUUGUGCUCAUGCGCAGAUGUAAGAUUCAAAAUUUCGGAACAGUCCAAAAGAGGUCCAAGAGGAAACUAACCACAAAAAAUUAACCUUACAAAUUCUGUGCUUACAAAACAGAAAAUGAACUAAUGUAAUUUAUUACACAAUAUUGGACCGGAUAUACAAGGCCGAAAUGAGUAGAAUAUAUCUCAUAACGUGGCAUCUCCCCAACAACAUUAAAAACACGUUUCACAAUGUUCGUCACAGAACAUUACAAAAAGUCUCGUUAUGUACUAGUAGUAGUAGCAGUUCAGACGAUGAUACUAAACUUCAGAAAAAAGUAGAAGAAAAAAAGAAGAGUAAAGAAGCUCUGGACAAGCUAAAUAAACUUCUUUUAACAAUGACAGAGGACGAUGUUUCUUCUAAAACUAAACUGAAUUUGGCUCAGCCUACCAAUAAACGACAAAAAAAACUUCGUGAAAAGCAAGAUUUCAAAGAAUCAAAGGCAACACCAACAGAAACACUUGUGAAUGCUGCAAAUAACGUGGCUGAAUCAAUUGGAGGUGAUGUAAAACAAACCCAGUCAGAACUAUUAAUGAAACUUUUGAAUGUGGCCAAUGGCGAUGCAACAGUGAACACAAAUUUAAAGGAUCUUGUGAAAGGAAUGAAAAUUGAUCAAGAAAGUGCACAAGGGGCAGGCCUUUCCAAAGCACAACAAGUUAGACAAAUUUUGCAGGAGCAGUCAAAAGCACCUAGAAGAAAAGGAGACAUGGCAAAACCUAGAUCAAAAAGUGCUAAGUCUCCUAAAAGAGAUGUGGUUGUUGAGAAAAUUAGUCUAUUUGGAAGUGAACCAUUGGGAAUUUUUUCACCCAAUCAGAAUGAUUUAACAGAAGGAGUUGUAAAUAAAACUUGGAAUCAUUUGUAUGAUAAAGAUUUGAAAUUGGCUGUUACUCACCCACCAAGUAAUUAUUUUCAACAAAUGAUUUUGUGGACUGAGCAAAAGAAAAUUUGGAAAUUUCCUAUAGAUAAUGAACAAGGUCUCGAAGAAGAGAAAAAAGUGUACUUUACUGAUCACGUAUUUUUGGAAAAACAUUUAGAGCCGUGGUGUCCACUUAAGGGUCCUAUAAGACACUUUAUGGAGUUGGUGUGUGUUGGACUCUCAAAAAAUCCAUACUUGACAGUUGAAGCCAAAAAAGAGCAUGUGUUGUGGUUUAGAGAGUACUUUAAAGACAAAUUGGAAUUGUUACAAGAAACUGGAGCAAUCCAAGAAACGGACUUAGGUAAACUACAUGCUGACCAAAAACAAAGUGAACAUUAAUUUAUUAAUAUUAAAAAUUGUAAAAGCUAGGAAGAUACAGUACCUAAAUAAAGCAUGCACAAUA